AUGGACGGAGAUCAUACCGCAAAGACCUUUGAGCAAGGUGCCAAUAAGGCUAUGGGGCAAAACGAAAUGACCAGUGGCGUGCAUGAAACAGUCAACCAGACACCCGCUGAGGGUGAAAAGACUACGGGGCACGGCACAAGCAUAUUUGACAAGCAGGGCGCUGUAGGCAAGAUGUUCAAUGCUGAUGGUGCUCUCGGUGGCACUGCACAAAAGGUUGGAGGCCCACUCGACAAACAGGGUGCCGUUGGCAAGCAUUUCAAUGCUGAAGGAUCAAUUGGUGGAAUGGCACAGGAUUUGGCCAACAAGCAGCAGGAUCAUUAG